AUGGCAAAUAAAUGCAUUAUAUAUCCACCAAACAGCACAAAUGGGAACUCAUCCACUUGUUAUUCAACUCCUCCUCGUUCUUUAGGUCCUUCUUCAAUGGUGGGAAUGGUUUUUGCAGAUUUGAGUUCUCUUUCAAUUAAUCCCAUGUCUUCUUCUCAAGAGGCCUCUUUUUGCGAUACUGAUAUGGAUGAAGGGAGACACAAUAAUUUUUGGGGUAAAGCCUCUGAUUCUAGUGAUGGAUUUAUAGAAAAUAAUGAAUCCAUUGAUCUAAAUGCAAGCUUAAAUGAAGAAGAUGAGAUGAACAUGCAUGCAUUGAGCAGUGGGAAGGACACAACUACUGGGCAAUCAAAACUGUGUGCUAGAGGACACUGGAGGCCUGCAGAAGACUCAAAACUCAAGGAACUCGUUGCCCUUUACGGCCCUCAAAAUUGGAACCUCAUUGCAGAGAAGCUAGAAGGAAGAUCAGGGAAAAGCUGUAGGUUAAGAUGGUUUAACCAGUUGGAUCCAAGGAUAAACAGAAGGGCAUUUACUGAUGAAGAGGAAGAGAGACUAAUGGCUGCUCAUAGACUAUAUGGCAACAAAUGGUCAAUGAUAGCAAGGCUAUUUCCUGGAAGAACAGACAAUGCAGUGAAGAAUCAUUGGCAUGUUAUAAUGGCUAGAAAGUAUAGAGAACAAUCCAGUGCUUUUAGAAGAAGAAAAAUGGGCCAAUUUGUAUGCAAAAGAUCAAUGGAAGAUGAUCUUCCCCUUUUUAAUACAGAUGCAGCUCUCAAAACUCAAUCAACAUUGCCCUCUUAUUGUGUGAACCCCAAUAGAAAUAUCGGUGAUCUAAUUGCUCCUUUCCAGUUUUCGACUCGAAACGGUGUCCACGGUGGUUGUGAUGGUGGUGGAGGAGCAACUUCCAGUCAGAUGUUCAAUAUCCCUCCUUACAACGGAUUUUGGGCACCACAAACAUCUCUUGGUCUCGUCCCUGGUGUGCUGCCUAAUACUUCCUGUCCUCCUAUAGGUCCCAUUACAAGUGAGAUGAUGUCCAUUUUGGACCAGGGAAAAUCUUGGGAUGGUCCAAUGGUUGAAACCAACAUUUUACAUUCUUAUCCACAUUACCCCAGCUCCCUAAUUACUGCAAUGCAACAGUCAAACUAUCGCUACCCUUCAGAUUUUACAGCACCGCCACAUCAGGUUUCUGUCACUGAAAAUACUGCAUCAUCAUCAACACUCACAGAGGAAAGAAAUGGUGAGACCAUUGCACCACCAUUUAUAGACUUUCUUGGAGUUGGAGCCACUUGA